GAAAGAAUAAAGAUAAGAGCCUCUUUCAUAGUAUCAAUGGCUUCCUUCAACCACUUUGUGUUACUGAUUCUGUUAAUAAUCACUCUUAUUCUAUCCGCUGAAGCAACUAAGGAACGCCGAGCAAUACCAUCAAAGGCAGAAAGGAAUGAAAUGAAGAGACAACUCAAAGCUAUCAACAAGCCUGCAAUCAAGAGUUUCAAGACUGAACAUGGUGAUAUAUUUGAUUGUAUCGAUAUUCACAAACAACUAGCAUUUGAUCAUCAUCUACUAAAAAACCACUCUGUUCAGCUAAAGCCAACAACAGUACCUGAAUGGAUCACUGGAAACAACAUUUCAGGGAGUUUUAGUCUUUUGCAAGAAGGUAUAAGCUGUCCAAAUGGCACAGUAAUUGUAAAAAGGACUACAAUGGAAGAUCUUAUGCAUGCACAACGUUUGAAAUCCAUGGGAUUUGAUGGCCCGAGACCUUUUCUAACAAAGACAACCAACAACACUAAUUCAAAUGGAAAAUUAUACGUUGCAAGAGGUAACUAUGGACCAGAUCUUUUUGCUGGAGUAAGAGGAAACCUUAACGUAUGGAGACCAAAAAUCUUGGAAGAUCAAGUUAGUGUUGCAUACAUAGCAGUUGGUGGAGGUGCUAAAGAUAAUUUCGCCAGCAUUUCUGUUGGAUGGAAAGUGAAUCCAUCGCUAUACCACGGUGAUUAUGCUCGUUUAUAUGCCUCUUGGACUUUACAUGGAAGCAAUACCGGCUGCAACGACAUGUCAUGUCCUGGAUUUGUGCAAGUUAGCAAGACUAUCCCACUUGGUGCCGUUAUUCAACCAACUUCCUACUAUAAGGGUCCACAGUAUGAAUUGCGUUUGACCUUAUAUCAGGAUCACAUCAAGGGAGAUUGGUGGUUUGCAAUUAACGAUGAGGACGUUGGAUACUGGCCAGCAUCAUUGUUCAAGUCCUGGAGAGAAUCUAACGCCGCAAGUUAUGCAUCUUGGGGAGGUCAAGUGUAUAGCCCUGUGACAAAGAAGAGUCCACCUAUGGGAAGUGGUCAUUGGCCUAGUGAGGGCUUCCAGAAAUCUGCUUAUGUUAGCCACCUCCAAAUGAUCCUUGGUGAUGGAAGAGUUUUUAAUCCACAAACGGGUACAGUGAAGUUAUACCAGACCAAUCAAAACUGUUACAAAGCCAGAUUAGUUCAUGAGGUUUAUAAGCCUUGGUUAAAAUCUAUUUAUUAUGGAGGUCCUGGAGGAUGCAUAGGGUAAUUAUUGUUCUAUACGAAAUAAAGAGUAGCAAUAUCUUAAGACUAUUUAAUAGGCUAUACGAAAAAAGCCACAAAUUUGAAAUAUAUCUUAGCAUUACUUGCGCUGUAAUGAAUAA